AUGAAGGGCUCGGACCGGGCUUACACCCGCGGUCCCUCUUUGAGGUGGCUCUUUGCUAAGUGCUGCUGCUGCUUCCCGUGCGGAGAUACAUACUCUCAUUCCUCAAGUGAAAACGGAGGCAAGUCCGAGUCAGUGGCCAACCUGCAGAGCCAGCCCUCCCUGAACUCCAUCCACAGCUCCCCUGGCCCCAAGCGCUCCACCAACACCCUUAAGAAGUGGCUGACCAGUCCGGUGCGCAGGCUCAACAGCGGGAAGGCAGACGGAAACAUCAAGAAGCAGAAGAAAGUGCGCGAUGGCCGCAAGAGCUUCGACCUGGGCUCUCCCAAGCCCGGGGAUGAGACGACGCCUCAGGGAGACAGUGCUGAUGAGAAGAGCAAGAAAGGUUGGGGUGAAGAUGAGCCAGAUGAAGAAUCCCACACCCCGCUCCCUCCGCCUAUGAAGAUCUUUGACAACGACCCUGCGCAGGAUGAGAUGUCCUCCUCUUUGCUAGCAGCCCGGCAGGCUUCCGCCGAAGUUCCUACUGCUGCAGACCUUGUCAGUGCAAUAGAACAGUUGGUCAAAAGCAAGCUGAGCCUAGAAGGAGGCUCAUACCGGGGAAGCUUGAAGGACCCAGCGGGCUGCCUGAAUGAGGGGAUGACCCCGCCCACACCUACGAGAAACCUGGAAGAAGAACAGAAAGCCAAGGCCCUGAGAGGCAGGAUGUUUGUCCUGAAUGAGCUGGUACAGACGGAGAAGGACUAUGUCAAGGACCUGGGCGUUGUGGUGGAGGGCUUCAUGAAGAGGAUAGAAGAAAAGGGUGUCCCUGAGGACAUGCGAGGGAAGGACAAAAUCGUGUUUGGAAACAUUCACCAGAUUUAUGAUUGGCAUAAGGAUUUUUUCCUGGCCGAGCUGGAAAAAUGUAUCCAGGAGCAAGACAGAUUGGCCCAGCUCUUCAUUAAACACGAGCGGAAACUGCACAUCUACGUGUGGUACUGCCAGAACAAGCCACGCUCCGAGUACAUCGUGGCCGAGUACGACGCCUACUUCGAAGAGGUGAAACAGGAGAUAAAUCAAAGGCUGACGCUUAGCGACUUCCUUAUCAAGCCCAUUCAGAGAAUAACAAAAUAUCAGCUGCUUCUCAAGGACUUCCUGAGAUACAGCGAGAAGGCGGGUUUGGAGUGUUCAGAGAUCGAGAAAGCAGUGGAGUUAAUGUGCCUUGUUCCAAAACGCUGCAAUGACAUGAUGAAUCUGGGACGCCUGCAGGGCUUUGAGGGCACACUGACUGCUCAGGGGAAACUGCUGCAGCAGGACACGUUCUACGUGAUUGAGCUGGAUGCAGGCAUGCAGUCCCGGACCAAGGAGAGGCGUGUGUUCCUCUUCGAGCAAAUUGUCAUCUUCAGCGAACUGCUCAGGAAGGGCUCUGUCACCCCGGGCUACAUGUUCAAAAGGAGUAUCAAGAUGAAUCACUUGGUCCUGGAGGAGGACGUGGACCGUGACCCCUGCAAGUUUGCGCUCAUGAACAGGGAGACUUCGGAGAGGGUCAUUCUGCAAGCUGCCAACGCUGACAUCCAGCAGGCCUGGGUGCAGGACAUCAGCCAAGUCUUAGAAACACAGCGAGACUUCUUAAAUGCACUGCAGUCGCCCAUUGAGUACCAGCGGAAGGAGAGGAGCUCGGCCGUGAUGAGGGCCCCGCCUGCCAGGACUCCCCAGGCCAGCCCACGGCCCUACUCUUCCAUCCCUGUGGGCUCUGAGAAGCCCCCAAAGGGCUCCAGCUAUAACCCGCCUCUGCCACCCCUGAAGAUAUCUACCUCCAAUGGCAGUCCAGGGUUUGACUACCACCAGCCUGGAGACAAGUUUGAGGCCAGCAAGCAGAGCGACCUGGGAGGCUGCAAUGGGACCUCGUCCAUGGCCGUGAUCAAAGAUUACUAUGCACUGAAGGAGAAUGAAAUCUGUGUGAGCCAAGGUGAGGUGGUCCAGGUCCUCGCCGUCAACCAGCAGAACAUGUGCCUGGUGUACCAGCCUGCCAGCGACCACUCGCCCGCGGCCGAGGGCUGGGUCCCGGGCAGCAUCCUGGCGCCCCUCACCAAAGCCACGGCGGCGGCAGAAAAUAGUGACGGGAGCAUCAAGAAGUCAUGUUCAUGGCAUACUCUACGCAUGAGAAAGCGGGCGGAAGUGGAGAACUCGGGUAAAAAUGAAGCCACAGGGCCUCGUAAACCCAAGGAUAUUCUGGGCCACAAAGUCUCUGUUAAAGAGACGAACAGCUCCGAGGAGUCAGAGUGUGACGAUCUUGACCCUAAUACUAGCAUGGAGAUCUUAAAUCCAAAUUUCAUCCAAGAAGUGGCCCCAGAAUUCCUUGUGCCCUUGGUGGAUGUGACCUGCUUGCUUGGAGACACAGUGACACUGCAGUGCAAGGUCUGCGGGCGGCCGAAGCCCACCAUCACCUGGAAGGGGCCAGACCAGAACAUCCUCGACACCGACAGCAGCUCAGCCACAUACAGCGUCUCCUCCUGUGAGUCCGGAGAAAUCACCCUGAAGAUCUGUAAUCUGAUGCCUCAAGACAGCGGGAUUUACACGUGCAUAGCAGCCAAUGACCACGGCACCGCGUCCACGUCCGCCACGGUGAAGGUGCAAGGCGUUCCCGCGGCCCCCAACCGCCCCAUCGCCCAGGAGCGGAGGUGCACCUCGGUGAUCCUGCGCUGGCUGCCCCGCAGCACCGGCAACUGCACCAUCUCCGGCUACACCGUGGAGUACAGAGAGGAAGGUUCCCAGGCCUGGCAGCAGUCGGUAGCGUCGACCUUGGACACUUACCUCGUCAUCGAAGACCUCAGCCCCGGGAGCCCUUAUCAGUUCAGAGUCAGUGCCAGCAACCCCUGGGGGAUCAGCCUUCCCAGCGAGCCCUCGGAGUUCGUGCGACUUCCAGAGUACGAUGCUGCUGCUGAUGGUGCCACCAUUUCUUGGAAGGAAAAUUUUGAUUCAGCUUAUACUGAGCUGAAUGAAAUUGGCAGAGGCCGUUUCUCCAUAGUGAAGAAGUGCAUCCACAAAGCCACCCGCAAAGAUGUUGCUGUGAAAUUCGUCAGCAAAAAAAUGAAGAAGAAAGAGCAGGCUGCCCAUGAGGCCGCCCUCCUCCAGCACCUGCAGCACCCACAGUACAUCACUCUCCACGACACCUACGAGUCCCCCACGUCCUACAUCCUGAUUCUGGAACUGAUGGAUGAUGGCCGGCUCCUGGACUACCUUAUGAAUCAUGACGAGCUGAUGGAAGAAAAGGUGGCCUUCUAUAUCCGAGACAUCAUGGAAGCACUGCAGUACCUUCACAACUGUAGGGUGGCCCAUUUGGACAUCAAGCCUGAAAACCUGCUCAUUGACCUGCGGAUUCCAGUGCCUCGAGUGAAGCUCAUCGACUUGGAGGAUGCUGUCCAGAUCUCAGGUCACUUCCACAUCCACCACCUGCUGGGCAACCCUGAGUUUGCUGCCCCGGAAGUGAUCCAAGGCAUCCCUGUGUCCCUGGGCACGGACAUCUGGAGCAUUGGGGUUCUGACGUAUGUCAUGCUGAGUGGGGUCUCCCCCUUCCUGGAUGAGAGCAAAGAAGAGACGUGUAUCAAUGUGUGUCGGGUGGACUUCAGCUUCCCCCAUGAAUACUUCUGUGGCGUGAGCAAUGCCGCCAGAGAUUUCAUCAAUGUGAUCCUACAGGAAGACUUCCGGAGGCGGCCCACGGCAGCCACCUGCCUGCAGCAUCCGUGGCUGCAGCCCCACAAUGGCAGCUACUCCAAGAUCCCUCUGGACACCUCCCGCCUGGCGUGCUUCAUAGAACGCCGCAAGCAUCAGAACGAUGUGCGGCCCAUUCCCAAUGUCAAGAGCUACAUCGUCAACAGGGUAAACCAAGGGACGUAGCCGUGUCCCAGCCCUGGAGGUUUCACAUGGAAGUGCAGUGUGAACCAAAGCAAGACUGAAUGUGCUGUAAAUAAUUCUGUUCAUUAUUUCACUCCGUGCAGUUCUCUGGACUGAGAGAUAGUCCCUCUUAAACCUCGUCAGUGGUUAUUCAGGGUCUGA